CGGAAGCGGAAGGGGCGGGGCUCCGCGGGCUGAGUCUCAGUGCUGCCGCCGCCGCCGCCGCCGCCGCUACAGCUACCAGAGCCCUGGAGGGCUGGGCCCCGAGGCAAGAUGGUGGACUACAGCGUGUGGGACCACAUCGAGGUGUCUGACGAUGAAGACGAGACGCACCCCAACAUCGACACCGCUAGCCUCUUCCGCUGGCGGCACCAGGCCCGGGUGGAGCGCAUGGAGCAGUUCCAGAAAGAGAAGGAGGAGCUGGACAGGGGCUGCCGCGAGUGCAAGCGCAAGGUGGCAGAGUGCCAGCGGAAGCUGAAGGAGCUGGAGGUGGCCGAGGGCGAGGGCGGCAAGGCCGAGCUGGAGCGGCUGCAGGCUGAGGCGCAGCAGCUGCGCAAGGAGGAGCGGAGCUGGGAGCAAAAGCUGGAGGAGAUGCGCAAGAAGGAAAAGAGCAUGCCCUGGAACGUGGACACGCUCAGCAAGGAUGGCUUCAGCAAGAGCAUGGUCAACACCAAGCCUGAGCAGGCGGAGGAGGAGUCGGAAGAGGUGAGGGAGCAGAAACACAAAACUUUCGUGGAAAAGUAUGAGAAACAGAUCAAACACUUCGGCAUGCUGCGCCGCUGGGACGACAGCCAGAAGUACCUGUCAGACAACGUCCACCUGGUGUGCGAGGAGACAGCCAACUACCUGGUCAUCUGGUGCAUUGACCUAGAGGUGGAGGAGAAAUGCGCCCUCAUGGAGCAGGUGGCUCACCAGACCAUCGUCAUGCAGUUCAUCCUGGAGCUGGCCAAGAGCCUCAAGGUGGACCCCCGUGCCUGCUUCAGGCAGUUUUUCACCAAGAUCAAGACUGCCGACCGCCAGUACAUGGAGGGCUUCAAUGAUGAACUGGAGGCUUUCAAAGACCGCGUGCGGGGCCGUGCCAAGCUGCGCAUUGAGAAGGCUAUGAAGGAAUACGAGGAAGAGGAGCGCAAGAAGCGGCUUGGCCCCGGCGGCCUGGACCCUGUCGAGGUCUACGAGUCCCUUCCUGAGGAACUUCAGAAGUGCUUUGACGCGAAGGAUGUGCAGAUGCUCCAAGAUGCCAUCAGCAAGAUGGACCCCACGGACGCGAAGUACCACAUGCAGCGCUGCAUCGACUCAGGCCUCUGGGUCCCCAACUCCAAGUCCAGCGAGGCCAAGGAGGGGGAGGAGGCGGGUACUGGGGACCCCUUGCUGGAAGCCACCUCCAAGUCAGGCGACGAGAAGGAUGUCAGCGCGUGACCUGCCCUGGCUGCCGCAGGCCCCUGUGCGCCCCUUUUCAGAAAACAAAAAUAGAUACCAUCUCCCCAGGUCCAGGCUUCCUCCGCUUUUGCUGCUCCCCAACCUAGCCUGGAGGGGCCCUCCCAUGCCCCUUCCACCUCCCCCCUCUCCCCCAGCCCUCAUCCAAGUCUUUGCUUUGAGUCAAAGGGGCUUCACUGCCUGCAGCCCCCCAUCAGCAUUAAGCCAAAGGCCCGGGGAUCCAGGGAGGGGCAGAGGUUGCCAGGUUGGUCCAUGGGGUGGGGGUGGGUCCCCAGCCAAGGGGCCUGCUCCAGUCACUGUGGGCUCUGUUUUCACUGUUCACCCGCGUCAAGUCUUCUAUAUAGUAAACAGCAAUUAUCUUCCAAUAAAGGAUUUCAGAUGCUC